AUGCAAACCCUAUUAGAGAAAUUGAUGGAUCAAAAGAUUAUAGAUGUUAAAUAAGAGAUGAAUGAUUUCGUCCAAGAUUCGAUAUAGAGCCUUAUAUCUUAAUAUCAAAAUAACUAAAAUCAAAUAUUUGUAAAGUAAGAAUAAGCGAAUGGGUUUCAAGAAGAUAUGGUAUAAGUUUACAUAAGUCAGCUGUCAAAUCUCUAAAGUUAAUUUGAUGAAUUUAAGACCUUUCACGCAUAAAUUGAAACAAAUAUAAAAUCAAUCGAUCUGAAAGAAUUUAAUGAGAAUUUUUAAACUGUAUCUUAAAGAAUCAAUAAACUAGAGAUAGAAUACAUGCAGUUAAAUAAUCAGAUAAAGUUAGAGAUAGAAGAUAAAUUAAACAUGAGCUUUAAUCAUACAAAUUUAACUAUUAAAGAGUAAUUAAAUGACAGGAAGUUAUCAAUUGAUACAGAAAUAGCCGUGUCUUAACCAUUUGUUGCCAUUCAAAAAUAUAAUACAAAUGAUUUCAAAUCUAUUGAUGAACAAUAAGAGCUUACUUAUGGGUAGAAGACAAAUGUGCCUAAAGUAAAUGUUAAUUCUUAUAAUUUAGGCGGAGAUAAAAAUCGUUAAGAUUAGGAAAUGAAUUCGCAGAGGGUUGCUCACAACAAAUCUAUCGAAAUACAUCAUAAUUAUUAAAAGAGCAUACAGUCAAACAAAUAUAAUCCUGGAUUGAGAUUUUUCAGUAAUUCUAUUCAUAAAAAUCCUGUAGGAGGAGCUAUGGACAAGUUACAUGAUGAGAUCUUAAUUGGAAAAGGUUUCGAUACUUUAAGUUUGGAGUCGGUCAAAGCAAAUUAAUUUUAACUGUAGCAUAGGAAAAGUUUGAAGAAUAAGACGAGAAAUUUCUCAGGAGUAGGAAUAAAGAACGAUACGCAUACCUUAUAAUCUGAUUUGAACAAGACUUAAAUGCAAAUAGGAUUUUAGCUUCCAUAAAUAUAAGAUUAGCUAAGUUCAUAAUCCUUUGUUACUGCUAAGGAUUUGAUUAGCCCAUCUGCAAAUUUAUAACAGUAGCAAAGUUAUAUAAGGAGUCAUAAGUUUGCAGAUAUUUUAAGAAGUCAAUAAUCUGCAAAGCAUCAAUUGCUUUCUUAAAAGAACUAAACUGAAUCUCUAAGGCUGAUGAGGAAAUUCUCAAAUAAGAGGAAGUAUCAAUCUCCAUAUUCAAAAUAAUCAAAUAUCAUCUAUGUCAAUACCAAGAAUGAUAGAAAUGAUGAAAGCAUAGGUUCCCAAAAUUAAUAAAUGUAGAAUAAUUAAUAGAAAUUAGUCAUUGAAAGUAAUCAUCACACUAAUAAUAGUAUGAGCAUAACUAGUAAUAAGGUAGUAAGCGGAUCGACUAAUCUCAGAUUGAAGCAGCAAUAAAUUAUAAGAAAGAGCUCUAAAGAACAACACUCAAUCUCAAAUUUUGUUCCGAAUAAAUAUAAUCAGUGA